AUGAAGAGGAACCACUUGGCCAUGCUGGUUAUAGUUGGGAAGGAGUCGUCCCAGUCUCAGAUCUUUUCCUGCUCUGGUUGUCCGUUCUCCUUCACGGCUCAGAUCUACCUCUACAAGCACACAAAGAGAUGCCACAGGGAAGAGUACGUCAGGCUGCUGAGGAGUGGAGGGAUUAGAUCAGAGACACUAGCACCACCCAGUGGCUCUCAGUGGUGUUCAACAACUCCAGAUCACACCCCAAUCACACUCCUCACCCAGAAACACAGAGACCCAGAAACACAGAGACACAGAAAACACAGAGACAUAGGGAAGCCAAGACCUCACCACUGCUCUCAGAGUGGGAAGAGUUUCCAUCGAUCAGGAGACUUAAAGGUGCACCAAUGUACUCACACAGGAGAGAGGCCAUAUCACUGUUCCCAGUGUGGGAAGAGUUUCCAUCGAUCAGGAGACUUAAAGGUGCACCAAUGUACUUACACAGGAGAGAGGCCGUAUCACUGCUCUCAGUGUGGGAAGAGGUUCAGUGUGUCAGGACAUUUAAAGAGACACCAACGUACUCACACAGGAGAAAGGCCAUAUCACUGUUCCCAGUGUGGGAAGAGGUUCAGUGAGUCAGGAAGCUUAAAUGAACACCAGCGUACUCACACCUGACUCUAUGAGUCACUAGCACCAACUG